GGAGUAGGAGACAUCCAUCCUGGGAGAUACAGAAAGGAGGAGGAAAUAGAGAGAAGGAGCUUCAGCUUGUUCUGAAAUCUAGGAGGAGCAGUAGAAACAAGUUUUUAGUAAUGGGGGUACAGGUAUUGACAAGCUCCCUCUCCCAGGAUGAUGGGCUUACUCCUACUCCUACUACUACUCUUCUUCUUCCUCCUCCAGUCAUACUAGGACUCCAACCUUCUGCUCUUGUUGAUCACGUUGCAAGGGUGGAUUGGUCCUUGCUUAAUGCAAUCCCUGGUGAGAGAGGUGGUUCUCAGAUGGUUGGAAUUGGAGAACUGGAGCAUAUAUUGAGCGAGGUAAAGACCCACAUCUUCCCAUCUCUUGAGGAUUCAUCUCCUGUAAGGACGAUGGCUGGUGGUAGUGUUGCUAAUACAAUUAGGGGUCUGUCUGUGGGAUUUGGAAUCACAUCUGGCAUUAUUGGAGCAUGUGGAGACGAUGAACAAGGCUCCUUAUUUGUUAGUAACAUGAGCUCGAGUGGCGUAAAUCUUUCAAGGCUAAGGAUGAUGAAAGGGCCCACUGCGCAGUGUGUGUGCUUGGUUGACGAUGUGGGCAAUCGUACUAUGUGGCCCUGCCUCUCACAUGUUGUUAGGCUUCAGCCAAAUGACUUGAAAAGAGAGGAUAUUAGAGGCUCCAAGUGGUUGGUGUUAAGGUACGCAUUUCACAAUUUGGAGGUGACUCGUAGGGCUAUUAAGAUCGCAAAAGAAGAAGGCGUGUCCGUCUCAGUAGAUUUGGCGAGUUUUGAGAUGGUUCGAAACUUCAGGGGCCCCCUUCGGGAGUUACUGGAGUCAGGGGAUGUCGACCUCUGUUUUGCCAAUGAGGACGAAGCUAAAGAGUUGUUGAGUGGUGAACCAAAUGAUGAUCCUGAGGCAGCUUUAACUUAUCUGGGCGAACACUGCCACACAGCUGUAGUAACACUUGGUCCUAAUGGAUGCCUAGCAAAGCAUGGAAAGGAGGUAGUCCGUGUUCUGGCUAUGGGAAAGGGACCAGUUACAGAUGCCACUGGAGCUGGGGAUCUGUUUGCGGGAGGAUUUUUAUAUGGAAUGGUAAAAGGACUAUCCCUUGAGGACUGUUGUAGGGUUGGGUCCUGUAGUGGUGGGGCGGUUAUUCGGUCUCUUGGUGGUGAGGUGAGACCCAAGAGCUGGCAAUGGAUGUACAAGGAAAUGCAAAUAAUGGUCUUUCUCUUCCUGAUAUUUGCAAAUAAUAAAGAUGACUUCAAGGCAUUCCAUCAACAGUUAAAGGAGUGUUCUUGCUUUCCUCUUCCUUUUCUUGUUAUCAUGCUCACAUUAGAGAGUUUGGGUAAUCGGCAGCUAAUCAAUGUAAAGGCGCAUUUUGGGGAUGGGUUGUUGAACAUUGAGCCAAUUGAGGCGUUUCUACCAACUUCAAAACUUGAACUUGAAAGUCUGUAUGCAACGUAUUGAAACUACUCUGCUCACAGAUCUCAUAUCAACCAAAACUCUGUAUGCAACGUAUUAAAACUACUCUGCUCACAGAUCUCAUAUCAAUCAAUUUAGUUAAUCUCUUCGGAUCUUUUGCACUCCUUCUGUCUUUUUUUUAUCUGUCCUAUAUUUUAUUUUGGUCUGUAAUUUAUUAUCUGUUUAUACAUGUAUUUUUUUUUU